AUGUGUUUGCUUCGUGACCUGCAGCACGAGAACUUAAACCCCUUUAUUGGUGCGUGUGUGGAGCCGCCAAACCCGUGCAUCCUUACCCAGUACUGCACCAAGGGAAGUUUGCAGGACGUCAUAGAAAACGACGACAUAAAGCUGGACUUUAUGUUCAAAAUGUCAUUCGCUACAGACUUAGCAAAGGGGUUGGAGUUUUUACACAAAGUCCCCACUCGUUCACAUGGUAACCUUAAAUCCAGUAACUGCGUUAUAGACAGCAGGUGGGUCCUAAAGGUGACAGAUUACGGCGCACUCCAGGUGUAUAGAGAAGACAGCCAAGAUAUGGGAGAACACGAGUAUUUUACACGACUCCUGUGGACAGCGCCAGAGCUGCUGCGAAUGGAGGACAGACCAGCGAAGGGUACCCAAAAAGGAGAUGUCUAUAGUUUUGCCAUCAUCUUCCAGGAGAUUAUGAUGAGAACUGGUCCUUACUAUUUCAAUGAUUUGUCACCUAAAGAUGUGAUAACGGCAGUUAUGGCCGGAGAGGAACCCCCGUACCGUCCCGAGGUAGUCCACGAUAUGGAGAUGAGACCCGAGACACAUAAGCUAAUGGAGAUGUGCUGGAGUGAGGAACCAGAGGCAAGGCCAGAUUUCCGCAUCGUCAGGAAGAAAUUGGUGGCAUUAAAUGGCGGAAAGCGUGUGAACAUAAUGGACAACAUGAUGAACAUGAUGGAAUCAUAUGCCAAUAAUCUCGAGGACCUUGUGGCAGAGAGAACGGAGGAAUUGGAAUUGGAGAAAGAAAAAACAGAUAUGCUGCUCUUCAGGAUGCUACCUCCAUCAGUGGCAGAGGCCUUAAAAAGAGGGGAGCCUGUGGAGCCAGAAACCUUUGACGGAGUUUCUAUCUUCUUCUCAGAUAUCGUAGGAUUUACUACUAUUGCUGCGAAGAGCAAUCCGUUACAGGUCGUUGACCUUCUGAAUGAUCUGUACACCUGCUUUGACUCUAUAAUUGAGACGCACGAUGUCUACAAGGUUGAGACUAUUGGUGACGCGUAUAUGUGCGUAAGCGGACUACCUCAGAGAAACGGCCCCAGACACGCUGGUGAAAUAGCCAAUCUUGCUUUAGAUCUCCUCAGUGCUGUUCUGAACUUUAAGAUUCGCCAUCUUCCCGAGGAACAGUUACAGCUCAGAGUUGGUCUCCAUACGGGUACUUGUGUGGCGGGUGUGGUGGGCACGGCAAUGCCAAGGUACUGUCUUUUUGGUGACACGGUCAAUAUGGCUUCCAGGAUGGAAUCUACGGGUAAAGCUUUGUGUAUUCAUAUGAGCAGCGCCAUGAACGAAGCUCUUAUAAAUUUAGACUGGGAUUUCGAGACUGCAGAGCGAGGUGUAAUUGAAGUGAAGGGCAAAGGUUUGCAAACGACCUACUGGUUACUUGGAAAGAAAGGUUUUAACAAGCCAUUGCCGCCCCGAGAUUCAGUCGGAUCUGAGAGCACAAUGAGCAGCAUGGUUGACCUUAACUCCGCCAACAGUUCACCGGAAUAUGACGAACAGCCCCGAAAACUGUCAUCUGGCACGCGCAGUGCGCUGUCUGUGAGCGACAACGCAGAGCUAAAAUCUCUCGCAGACAUCAGUCUUCACGGGAUCGGGCUAUCAACUGAAAACUUGAACGACAUUUCUUCGGAGCCACACAAACUUAAAACCAUGCAGUUUGAGAAAUGUAAAAUGAACCCUGACAAAGGGACUCCUCCAUUGUCUGCAAGACGGAGGUCUUCGACAGUAGCACCACCUGUACCGACUGGAAAUAAACCUAUGCCGAAACCUAUUCGGAAAACCGAGAACACAGAAAAUGGUAUAGCUGUGAAGCCCGUUCGCGGAAAGCCGAAAGUAGAUUUCAUUUUUGAUCUCCCAGAAAUAAAGAUAAAUUGAAUAAGACACUCACAAGAAAAACAUUAAAAUUCUAGCUUUCACAGUCUUCCAUUGCUUUUAUUGCUUUCUGACCUGGAUGUGCAACUUAAACGUUGAAAAGGUACUAGCGUUAUAGGUGUGCGUUUGUUCAGAUAUAUUUGUGAUAUUUUGAGCGUUUUAACGACAGGCGUCAACGAUACUCAGGUAUUUGGUUCGUUGUUAGCCUAAGAGAAUGUCUAUUCCUUCGUUAUUUUACCGUUUUUAAGUUAUAAGUUAAGCAAAAGUGAUUAAAUAAGAGAAGUAGGAGUGGACAUUGUUGGUAUGAUCUAUGUCUCAGCUAUGACAAAUGUUUAAAAAGACAUGUCGACCUUAAACGUCCACUCAGUGUUUUUAGAUCUCAGGAACCUACCUCAAUGGGACAACUGACACAAUAUAUGUUUG